AUGGUGCUUGGGAAGGCAUUAGCAUGGUGCGGCGGCAUCGUCUUGAGUGCGUGCAUCAUCGUCGGCGUGGUCUUGAUCGCCGCUUACAGCUACGCCAUUCAGCCCUCCAUCACAAUCGAGGACGCCUCGCUGACCAGGUUUGCCCUGGCUACCUCCCCGUCGACGGCACUCGGGUACAACAUCUCCCUGAGCCUCGCCGUCCGCAACAAGAACUGGGCCACGACCAUGAAAAACACAGAGCCGCUGGAGGCUGCGUACAAGUUCGACGGCCAGCAGUUCGACCGCGUGCAGGUCACCGACAAGGGCGACAAGCACACCGCCAAGAAGACCAGGGUGUACCGCCUCGUCACCAGCUCCGACGGCGGCUAUGUGGCGCUAGGCAACGCUGGCGUCGCCGAAUACAAGAAUCAGAACGCAACGGGGGUGUUCGAGCUGGAGGUGAUGGUGACCGGCGAGGUGCGCUACACGUGGCAGUUCAAGAAGAACAAGAUAGAGGCCACCUGCAAGCUCAAGCUGCAGCUCGACUCGCCGGGGACGGCGGUGUUAAGGUUCGAGAAGGUGAAAUGUAAGCUCGCCAAGCAGGAGAAGAAAUAG